AAAAGAGUUUGCACACGAGCAGCACUGGGUAAAUAAGAUACAGCGUGCUCUCAAACAAGCGAAACGCUUUCGCGCGGUUGAUAUCGCUAGAAAGCGUAAACAUCCUGGCGAUGACGGACAGACGACAAUGAAACAUGUACUGCCUGCUGAGACGCAUCUCCUGCGCGAGAUCUUCCACUCACUGGAUACCGUCAGCCGCCAGAAACUGCGGCGCGUCUGUCCGCUGUGGAAUGCCGUCUUGACUGGCGCGGACAGCAGGAAAACCGUCUGGAUUUCCUUCGAGAUGAACCCGUUUUUUCUACUGACAGUGGAGGAUUUUACCUACGUUUAUGGCGCUGUCGCUUGCCUGAUUAAGAGCAUUAACAGUUCCACGCAACGAUUGGUUGUAGAGUGUAUGAAGGGGGAAAAUAUGGGCGGUGCCGUAGCGGUUGUUCGCUGGAUGCUGGGCGGUAUUCGUUUGAAACAGCUGAUAUUUCAGAGUUUGAAAUUGGAUUGGGAUGAUCGUUUCGUGCAAGAUUACGCUGACAACGGUGAUGUUGUCGAGGAAGUAGAUGAUGGAAGCAACAAGGUGAUACGGCGCUUGGUUAAAGACUUGAAGAGUUUACCGCCGUGCUGCACUGAAGUCAGACUGCGCCAGUGUGAAUUUUAUUGGUACCGAGGCUGCCGACGGAUGACGGCGAUUAUCCCCAAUGCUGCGAUUCAACUGGAUGCCGCGGAUAUCGAAGCGCAAUUCUGGGAUCUCUAUGAGGCCACUCAGGCCAGUCUGUCGCGCGAUGGAGUGAAUGUGGAGGUGAUGGCGGAAUGGAUUCGAUCAGGAUCGGAAGAACGCCGUACAAUGGCUGCUCAGUUGCUUAAUGACUGGCAAAGUCGCGAUCCGCGAUUAACUACGCAGUAUCGCGGUCACGAGUGGACGGAGGAGAAUCUGGAGGAUGUGGAUGUUUCCCAGCUGACCACCAUCACGCUGCGUGCAUUGACAGAAGUUUCGGCAUCUGCGAAUAGUUGUGAAGGCGUUCAACCUGACGAAGACAAUGAUGGCGGUGAACUCAACGAAGACAUCAUCGGGGACGAAGACUUGAUUGAUGAGGACGAGGUCGCAGAUUACGAUGGCAUGCCACUGGCAGGUGCCACUGCCACGUUUUACCCCCUGCCGUCCUAAACAUGGUGCGCAAUGCAUAUCUUUCCGGGAUAUUUUUGCGGUUUUUAACCGUAUUUUGCGUAUUGGGUGCCC